AUGCUAACCUCGUUGAAGACAUUGACUGUAGAAAGUUCAGAUGGUCUGGUUGAACCACUAAAACGUCAGGGUGAGGUGGAAUGGCAGCUCCCUGUUGAGUGUAUUGAGAUCAACCGCUUAAAUGGUAAUAGUGGGAAAGAACUGACAGCGCUCCUUCCCCACCUCCCAAGGCUCUCUAAAUUGGAAAUAAUAGAAUGUAAAAACAUAAAACAAUUGGUUGUGGGGGUGGAUCUGCAACAAACAACACCAGUAACAUCAGAGAUAGAGGAAGAUGAAAUAACAGCAGCAGAAGAGGAAAAUGAUGAUGGGGUGCUGCUCUUACCAAUUCAGCUUUGCGACUCAUUACGGGAAUUGGAGUUUGAUGGCUGCUCAGAGAUGGUCCUGGUGGACCCACCAACUCAUGUUCCUGGAGGAGGAUGGCUCCAAGCCUUGCGAUGCGUCCAAAGAUUAAGAAUAGAAGGCUCCACAAAGUUUCUAUCCACCUUCUUUUUUUCAUGUCACAUGUUCCCUUCCUCCCUGCAGUUCCUGAGUCUCAAGGAAGUGGAGGGAUUGGGGACACUGGAACCCCUCUCAAACCUCUCCUCUCUUACCAGAUUAGAAUUGUGGAAUUGCGGAAGGGAUCUGAAAUGUCAGGGCUUGUGGUCUCUCCUUACCACCGGGGGUCAGCUCAACGAACUAAAAGUCUUAGGCAGCCCUAGGUUCUUUGCUGCUUGGGAUCCCAAUCCCAAACUAGCGCUGGACGACGUUGGAGGAGAAGAGUGGCGGGAACAACUUGCUUCAUCAACACUGCGGGGGCUCUGCACCGAUUAUGCAACGGGGCUCCUUACUGCACCCAUCUGCAGCUUCCUCUCUUCCCUCACUGAACUGGAACUUUUGGGGUAUGGAUUCGAAGGGAUGGAGCACUUCAGCAAUGAGCAAGAGGACGCCCUUCAGCUCCUCUCCUCCCACCAGCAACUUAAGUUUUCGAAUUUCCACAAUAUUCAGCAACUCCCUGCAGGGCUCCGCAACCUUACCUGCCUCAAGUUAUUAUCAAUCCGAGUAUGUCCAGCCAUCUCGUCCUUGCCCAGCGAUGGCCUCCCCGAAUCACUGCAAGAGCUAAAUGUCGAAUUCUGCUACAACCAGGAGUUGAAACAGCAGUGCAGGGAGUUAGUGGGAACCAUCCCAAAAGUCAGUAUACGCUAA